AUGGCUAGCUCCAAAGGUCAGAAAGUCACUGGCAAAGUCAGCUCAGGGAAUAUGAUUUUUCAGCCUAUAUUGGAAGGUGUUUUCCGAUUCGAUUGUUCUGUAAAUGAUAGAGAUGCAGCAUAUCCGAGUGUUUCUUUUGCGAAUAGCAGAAAUAGAGAGACAUCAAUCACAAGUGACAAAGUUCCUUCAUAUAUUCCUACAUUUGAAUGUCUUCUGGGGCAGCAGGUUAUCAAACUUGAGCUGCCUCUGGGUACUUCCCUCUAUGGAACUGGAGAAGUUAGCGGACAGCUCGAGAGGACUGGGAAGAGAGUUUUCGCAUGGAACACAGAUGCAUGGGGUUAUGGUCUUGGUACUACAUCCUUGUACCAAUCACAUCCCUGGGUGUUAGCUGUCCUUCCAAAUGGAGAGACACUAGGAAUUCUGGCUGACACUACAAGGCGGUGUGAGAUUGACCUGAGGAAAGAAUCAACAAUUCGAUUUGUUGCUCCCUCCUCCUACCCUGUGAUUACAUUUGGUCCAUUUGCUUCACCUACUGCUGUUUUGAUAUCUUUAUCUCAUGCAAUCGGGACUGUGUUCAUGCCCCCAAAAUGGUCAUUAGGUUAUCACCAAUGCCGUUGGAGCUACGACUCUGAUAAGAGAGUUUUGGAGGUUGCAAGGACAUUCCGGGAGAAAGGCAUUCCUUGCGAUGUGAUAUGGAUGGAUAUAGAUUACAUGGAUGGAUUUCGAUGUUUCACCUUUGAUAAGGAGCGUUUUCAAGAUCCAAAGUCUUUAGUCAAAAAUCUCCAUGAUGAUGGUUUCAAGGCUAUAUGGAUGCUUGAUCCUGGGAUUAAGCAUGAAGAUGGGUAUUUUGCCUAUGACAGUGGUUCUAAAAAUGAUGUUUGGGUUCAAAAGGCAGAUGGAACACCUUUUAUUGGGGAGGUGUGGCCGGGACCUUGUGUCUUCCCAGACUAUACACAGUCUAAAGUUCGUGCUUGGUGGGCUAAUUUAGUUAGAGAUUUCAUUUCCAACGGUGUUGAUGGUAUAUGGAAUGAUAUGAAUGAGCCUGCUAUCUUUAAGGUUGUUACAAAAACAAUGCCUGAGAGCAAUGUUCACAGGGGAGACAAGGAGCUUGGAGGCUGUCAGAAUCAUUCUUUUUAUCAUAACGUAUAUGGACUGCUGAUGGCAAGAUCAACCUAUGAAGGCAUGAAGCUAGCUAAUGAAAAGAAGCGUCCUUUUGUUCUUACUAGAGCUGGAUUUAUUGGCGGCCAAAGGUAUGCUGCAACGUGGACCGGAGAUAAUCUUUCAAAUUGGGAUCAUCUCCAUAUGAGCAUCUCCAUGGUUCUUCAGCUGGGACUCAGCGGUCAGCCACUUUCAGGGCCUGACAUUGGUGGAUUUGCUGGAAAUGCAACACCUAGGCUUUUUGGAAGGUGGAUGGGUAUAGGUUCCAUGUUUCCCUUUUGCCGUGGGCAUUCUGAAAAAGAUACUGUUGACCAUGAGCCCUGGUCUUUUGGAAGCGAGUGUGAAGAAGUUUGUCGAUUGGCAUUGAAGAGGCGCUACCGCAUUUUACCGCUUAUCUACACACUUUUUUAUUUCUCUCAUACAAGAGGCACUCCAGUGGCAACCCCUACUUUCUUUGCUGAUCCGAAAGAUCCAAGCUUGAGAAAACUUGAGGAUUCUUUUUUGCUGGGCCCAGUUUUAGUACAUACAAGAACCUUACCCAAUCAAGGGUUGAAUAAUUUGAAGUGUACAUUGCCAAAGGGUAUAUGGUUGAGUUUUGAUUUCGGGGAUGCACAUCCGGAUUUACCAGGUUUAUAUUUAAAAGGUGGCUCAAUUAUACCUGUGGGUCCUGCUAUUCAGCAUGUUGGUGAAGCCAGUCUAUCAGAUGACUUGACACUUCUUGUGGCCUUAGACGAGCAUGGGAAAGCUGAAGGUUUUCUAUUUGAGGAUGAUGGUGAUGGAUAUGAAUUCACUAAAGGUGAAUAUUUAUUGACCCAUUAUGUGGCUGAACUUCAAUCGUCAGCUGUAACUGUGAGUGUAUACAAAACUCAAGGAUCGUGGGACAGACCUAAACGACAAUUGCAUGUUCAAUUGUUGCUUGGUGGGGAUGCAAUGCUUGACACAUGGGGAAUGGAUGGAGAAGUUCUGCAACUAAUGUUGCCUUCAAAAGAGGAGGUAUCUAAGUUGAUAUCUACUGGCGAGAAGCUAUACAAGAAUCGACUGGAUAAUGCUAUUCAAAUUCCUGAUGUGGAAGAGGUUUCUGGACGCAAGGGAACAGAGCUGUCAAAAUCUCUCAUUGAAUUGAAGAGUGGUGAUUGGGUUCUUAAAGUCGUCCCCUGGAUUGGGGGCAGAAUCAUCUCCAUGAUGCACACUCCUUCAGGAACACAGUGGCUCCAUAGCAGGAUUGAGAUCAACGGGUACGAGGAGUAUAGUGGUACAGAGUAUCGUUCCGUUGGGUGUUCCGAGGAGUACUUUGUUAUCGAUCGAGAACUUGAACAUGCAAGAGAGAAGGAAUCUCUCCUAUUGGAGUGUGACAUUGGUGGAGGAUUGGUUCUUCAAAGGCAGAUCUAUUUUCCAAAGGAUUCUACCAAAGUUUUCCGGAUAGACUCCAGCAUAUUAGCUUGCAGCGUUGGUGCUGGUUCUGGAGGGUUCUCAAGGUUGGUCUGCUUAAGAGUUCACCCAACAUUCAAUCUCUUCCAUCCAUCAGACUCUUAUGUCUCAUUUACUUCAGUUGAUGGAUCAAAGCAUGAGGUCUUUCCAGAAUAUGGGGAGCAAUUUUUUGAAGGGAACCUUCUUCCUAAUGGUGAGUGGAUGCUCAUUGAUAAAUGUCUUGGUCUGGCUCUGGUCAACCGAUUCAAUGCAAACGAGGUAUUCAAGUGUCUUAUUCACUGGGAAUCUGGGACUGUCAACUUGGAGCUUUGGUCAGGAAGCAGGCCUGUUUCGAAGCAGUCACCUUUGAGAAUUGCUCAUGAAUACGAGGUGGUGAGAAUCCCAUGAUUACUCAAAUGGUCACUGCAUGAGUGGUUAAAACAUUCAGAACAGAGGACUGUAAAAUACGCGUUUGAGAAAGAAAACUAUAUCCAAAAUCCAAAUAUCAGUUCCUUCUUCCUUUUCACUGGUGUUUUUGUAGGGAAAAAUUAUGUGAAUUGGGUCCUUUCUUCCAUCUGGUGGGCAAGCUGGUGGGAAUGUUAGGGCUAGUUAGGCCACUAGAAAUGGGCUUCACGGAAAGCAAUAGUGACAAAUAUUAUAAUUUGUAAUCUUAUUUGUUGGUGAGAAGCUAGAGGAGGAAACAACCUUUUCUAAAAAAUUAAAGGAUAGUUUGUUUCAA